GUAGCCUCAGGGGUCAGAUAAGCUGAAGGAAAAGCAGGGUAGCUGGAAGGACCAAGAAUAGGUGGAGCUUCACACACACACACACACACACACACACACACACACACACACGAAAGGAGCCAGAGAGAGGACCCAGACCUGCGGGCAGCAUCUACAGGCCAAGAGGGGCUCCCAGAGGGUCCCAGUACUGAACACUACUGACCAUGCUGCCCUGCCUCCCCCUGCUUCUCCUGAUGGGGCUGCCUGCAUGCACCGGGACAGUUGACGAGAAACUGGCACUCGGAGCUGAAGCAGGGUCCUGGGUAACCGUGACCCUGGAGGAGGACGGUGUCGUCCCCCACAUUCAGCUCACGCUUCAGGAGGUGAAAAGGGGCAAAACGAGCCAGUUCUUUGGGCUGAUGGGGAAGCGGGUGGAAGGAAUACCUCCUAUCCAGCCAGAGAGAAGAACAGAACCCUUCCCAGGCAGAGGGGACAAGGACCACGGGUCAGAGUGAGAGCGCCCACCGCACACUUCCCAGGGGCCGAAACCCCGUCUCCUUACCUGGACGUUACAGCUGACAGCGGCCAGGCCAACGUGCUUCUCCGUGCGUCUCCUGCGCCCCGACGCGGCCGUGUCCCAGCCGGCUCACUGAACUCACUGCGGUUCCUUCCAGGACUCUUCAGUGUUAGGCAAUGGUGACGCAUAAAGGCACUGUUGUCUCAGUCGUGAGCUGGGGCUGACCCUGCCCUCCCUCGGCUCUCAGCCCCCAUCUGGCGACUAAGCAAGGGCCGAGUGCUACCUGCUUCCACAUCUCCUGUGCCUGGAACACAGUAGGGGCUCAAUAAACGGACAAACGGUGA